UUAUAUUUGUAGGAAGGAAAAGGCAGACAGAAAGCUGUGCAGAGAUUGUAGAGAGAAAUAAGAAAGUCAGGCAACCUUCUGUUCAAGUGCACUGUGUCAAAGCCCUAAGCAGUUGCUGAAGAAUCAUGGCUUCUGAUGCAGUUACAGAGACAGAUGCUCCAUUAAAUCCCUUGUUAGAGCCACUAGCUUGGAUGCUGGGAAACUGGGUUUCUGAUCCGCCUGGUAAAGGUUCUUACCCUACAAUCAAACCUUUCAAUUACACAGAGGAGGUACAAAUUUACCACAUUGGACAACCCAUGCUCAACUUUUCAUUUAACGCCUUUCAUCUGGAGACCAAGAAGCCAUUGCACAGAGAGUGUGGGUUUAUCCGAAUACAGCCAGGUACAACAAAGGUAGCAUUUAUUAGUGCUCAGAACACAGGCAUUGUGGAGGUUGAGGAGGGAGAAGUAAGGGGGCAAGAGCUGACCAUCUCCUCACAUUCAGUAGCCAGGAUGUCAUUUGCCAAAGCACCUCAUGUACAGAUGGAAGUCUGGAGGCUUAUAAUCAAAUCAAGCUGCCGUUAUUUUGUUCUUCCUGCCAGUCUACAGUGAAGCAGAAAGUGACGCUCCCUUUCCUCAUUCAGAGUUCUUGCAAUUAACUCUGAACCCAAGUGAACACCAGCAUCACAACUGUAAAAGCAUAAAACCUUUUACUGCAGUAUUACAUAAUUAUUAAA